UAUUACAUGUACAAUACCGGGCAUCUGCAGUCUACAUUGUAUCAUUCUAUAUCAAAAUGGCCACAGUGGUUCAAAACCCUCUGAAAACACAGUCCAGUGGAGCUGUUUUAAAAAACAGCCUGGGGGAGGAGUUCUACCGCGAGGCCAUCGAGCACUGCCGCAGCUACAACGCCCGUCUCUGCGCCGAGCGUUCCAUGCGUCUGCCCUUCCUGGACUCCCAGACAGGUGUGGCCCAGAGCAACUGCUACAUCUGGAUGGAGAAGACACACCGCGGCCCAGGUCUGGCCCCUGGGCAGCUGUACACAUACCCGGCCCGCUGCUGGCGCAAGAAGAGACGGCUAAACAUCUUGGAGGACCCUCGGCUCGGACCCAUAGAGUUCAAAAUCGACUAUGAGGCGGCCCUAAAGAAGGAGGGUGUAGUGCCUGAGGGCCCAGUGCUGGAGUCUCUGCUGGCUGGAGAGACGCUGGACAAGAAGGUGGAGACCAAGGAGGAGGAGCCUAUGAGCGAGUGUCAGCUGCUGGUGGGGGACUUCCCCCAUGAGCUGGACGUGGAGGAGAUGGAGGACGACGUGCCCAAGCGCAAGAACCGUACCAAGGGCCGGGCUUGUGGUGUUGGUGGCAUGAGAAAGAGGCAAGAGGCAACCUCCAUAGAGGACAGAGACAAGCCAUACGUGUGUGACAUCUGUGGUAAGCGGUAUAAGAACCGUCCAGGCCUGAGUUAUCACUACACUCACACACAUCUGGCAGAUGAAGAGGGAGAGGAGGAUUCUGAGCGCCACACACUACCGUUCCAGCGCAAGAAUAACCACAAACCCAAGAAAGCUGCCGACGGCUCGGUCAUCCCGAACGGCUACUGCGACUUCUGCCUCGGAGGGUCCAAGAAGACGGGCUGCCCCGAAGACCUCAUCUCCUGUGCAGACUGUGGGAGAUCAGGCCACCCCUCCUGCCUGCAGUUUACGGUCAACAUGACGGCAGCGGUGCGGACCUACCGCUGGCAGUGCAUUGAGUGCAAGUCCUGCAGCCUAUGCGGCACCUCCGAGAAUGAUGAUCAGCUUCUGUUUUGUGAUGAUUGUGACAGAGGUUACCAUAUGUAUUGUCUGAGCCCUCCAAUGGCUGAACCUCCUGAGGGGAGCUGGAGUUGCCACUUGUGUCUGCGGCAGCUGAAAGAGAAGGCAUCGGCUUACAUCACUCUGACCUAAGCCACCGGAGCCACGCAUCCUUCCCCCUCCUCUCAUGACAUCGGCCCACCAUUCUGUUGCCAUGGUAAAAUACAAUGGCACAUCCAAAGAGAUAUCUCCACCUCUCCUUUACCUUGAGCCUCCGAAACUAUUUUUCCACCGCCCAUCACUUCAAGAAAGGCAAGCCUUGUCACACCCUCCAACUGUGAGACGGGUGAGAGCACUCUUUUUUUCCCACGCUUGAGAGAAUGCAUCUCUAUCUGGGCUUGCCCCAAGUUUCCACCAUUAUUAUUUUUCCUUCCCCCUGGGCUGUUUGCCUUUUUGCCCGUCUCUCUCUCUCUCUCUCUCUCUCUCUCUCUCUCUCUCUACGUCACUUUCCCCCCUCUCCUCUUCAGCCGCUGUACCCUGAGGCUCGCCACCCUCUCUCGGUCACUCUCUGGCCGCAGGUGGGUUUGCUCUGUCCAGAGCAGGUCAGGUGCGGAGCCUGUGAGUGUUCCGAGAGGAAAAGACUACUUAAAAGCAUUCCUUCAUUGAAACUGUUGAUCAUGGAUUCCCUUUACUGAGGGUAUAGUGAGGAAGGGGUCAUGGAUUUAGGGACUUCUUUGGAGGGGGGUCGUCUCUUUUUGAGGGGGUCUGAAAGAAAAAGCCAGCAGCCAUUUUAUAGCCACAACAAGUGGUAACAUCAGCAAAAAUAUGUGGACAAGCAGGAAGCCAUCUGACAAAACACUCCCUUCACCAAAGUGGAGUCCAUGUUUUCAGCAAGUUCUCGUGACCGACCAACCAACCCCACCUUCCAGCCUCACUCACAAUCUUUGAGAAAGUAUGGGAAAUUUUGACGGAGGAACUUGAAUAUGAUUAUGAUCUGUACAUAAUGCCUGGGUUUCAGCACGGGCAGAGGACCAAUGUUUGUUGCAGAACACCUGCCUGGUCUCACAGAGGGGUGGUCAGUGUUAGGUCACUGACAUGAAAACUAUACCUUUUGGCCAUACAUCAUCUGACUGACAGUUCAACCUAUGCGGGAGGUAGAGGUGCAUGCUUAACGCUUGGCGGAAAUUCCAGCAACAACAAUGCUAAUUAGAAUGGGACGUCUAUGCCAUAACCUAUUGUACUUAACAACUUUUCUUUAAAAAAAAAAAAAGCCAACAGAAAUUUACUCACCAUCCGUGCGUGUUUUGAGUGUCUGUAUAUUUAUGAGUAAAAUCUGGCUCAGUUUAAAAAUAAAACAGGGCAAAAUCUUCGGUUCAUCUUUUUUAACCAUUUGUUAAUGUUGUUUGCAUGUAACAUUUUGUCUUUUUUUAAAAGAAGUAUACAGAUAAAAAUGUUUAAGAAGCACACUUAAUUCGCAAUAAUGUUUCUGUGCCCUCGAGAGAGGUUGAUUCUGAGUUUGUGUGUGUGUGUGUGUGUGCGUGUGUGCGAGCGUGUUUGUAUGUCCAUGUACUGUGCUCUUAAAUUUGAGGUGGAGAUGUGAGAGGGUCGCUCCUCCAACUCUGAUUGGUAGAGGCUAAAGACGUAAAGAGGAUGUUGGUCUCAAAAGUAAGAUCAAGGUAUAGGCUAUAGAAAGCUUUUUCCAUGAAAUCGAGGCAUUUUCUAAGUAUCCUGGUUGAAAUCACAUGUUCCAAAGACACAUUUGGAGCAUAUUUUAAGCAUUUUUUUCCAUGAUUUAAGCAUUUUCUGAAUUAAGUCUUUAUGUGUUUGUUUUGAAAGACUUAAAAAUUACAGUGUGCUUUAAAAAGAAAAAUAUGUUGGAGAGAGAGAAAGAAAGAAAUUAGGAGGGAAGGAAGUAAUGAAGGAGGGAGUCCUGGUAGAGAAGAGAAAUGUAAUGACCAGAUCAUACUUGAGAUGCCUAGCAUGUGUGAUUGUGGUCUGGCACUUGUUUAAACCCAAAGUCCCCUCCAUAUGCGGCCUACCUAAAAUGACACCUUCAUCCUUCCCACGUCCACUUCAGUGGCAGUUCUUCCCGAAGUGUUCUGUUGUUAAAACUUAGGCAACGCAUUGUAAAUAGAUUGUUACGUUUCAUUGUCUCAUCGCAAAUGGCUGCUUUUUAGUGUGCUUCAUUAUGCAUCAAAAUGUGGAAACAAAGUAAUUUCUGCAGACUUUGAUUCAAAGGAAAUGAAAGCUACUUUUAAAUGAAAGGUUUAAAAGAAAGCAAGAAAAGCAUUGAACAGUAGUCUUUGAUAAUGUAAGUGUAUGACCAAUACGAUUAUGUGGUGCGUACUGGAAUAUCAAUAGAUAUCUAUAAAACAUAUGCCUACAGUAUGCCGUUAGAUUUCUGUCAAAGUCACUUAGCUUACCAUAAACCAAGGAGAAACAUGCUUUGAUUUCACAUUUUGAUAAUUUUCCCAGCUCCUUUGUGUUCUUUGAACAUUUCACACAAAUGCGUGUGGGCUUUUUUUAAUUGUUCUUGAAAUAAGACACACACAUACACACACACAUAGACACAGAGACACACACACAUACACACACACACACACACACACACACACACACACACACACACACACACACACACACACACGCAAACACAAACUACAACCUUUCCUGUUUGUCACCCAAGGCUGCACAAAGACAACGUGAGGAAUGUUCCGGCCCUGUGUUUUUGUCUUCCUGAUUGUAUCACAGAAACUGCAUAUCCAGCAUGCAGGCUCUUCAGGAGGAAACCAGGAAACAGGACCUGGCCUAACUGAUAACUAAUGUAAACAGUGUACUACUACAUCGAUUCCAUAAUCAGGGUGUGAUGUCCGAAGUGGCAUUUGGAGACCCUCUCUCUUUUUCUCGUCAGGGCUGAGCUUUUUGCUCCUCUGCCUUUUACCUAGACAUGGAGAGACUGGAGUGAUUGUAUAAAGGUUAUACAGUCUCGACGCUGAGUCGGGUGAGCCAAAGGAUCAAUGUGUACGGAAACAGUGUUCAUCUAAUGUGUACAGUCUGUUCUGAUCUCUGGCUGAUUUUGGGCCAAGAAAGGCUUUGCUAUCAGAAAUUACUGGGUGUUCACACACACACACACACACCCUCCUGAUGUCAGUGGUUGGGCAAACCAGGGACCCUCCGCCCUAGGAUGGACUACACCUUCACGUCUGACCGCUCCGAUGCCCACUCCUCUGCCCCUCCCCACUGGGAGUCCCCAGGCUCCUACUCUUUUGAGUGGAGGUGAGAGUUAGAGGUGAAUUGGGUGAUGAGGUCGGGCAGCAGGGGUCUUUAGGGGUGUGACCGAUGUUUGGACAGAGGCAGGCCUUAUUUAUCAUUGUGCUGUGAACCGUGCUUGCACUCUUUCUUUGGUUUCCUUUUUGAACAGAAGAGAAUAAUAAUAAAUCUUGUGAGUGUGAGAGUGUGUGAACAGUUUCUGUCUGUUCUGUUGAUAAACAACAAAAAUAAUGUGUGAAUAUCUUGUCAGGAAGAGAAAGGGGGACUUCAUUUUUGAUUGAUUGAUUAUUUCGUAAAUGUGUUUUUCUUUUUUUACUUGACAACACUCAGAAAAAACAAAAGACCACAGAUGUUUAGCUGUCACCGCUGAUGCCAUCAUACAACACAAGGAGACAACUGCUUUUUUUUUUUUUAUUUAUUUCCUGUUGAAUUCUGCC